UUUGGUGCCCACUGUCAGAUCAAUAAGAACAACUGUGAACCUGAUCCUUGCCACGUCAACAACAGCCUUGAGUGCAUCGAUGGCAUUAAUAUGUUCACCUGUAUCUGUAGACCUGGAUUUGAAGGCAAGAACUGUGAUGAAGAGAUUGAUGAGUGUCUACCUGGGCCAUGUCAGAAUGCUGCCACAUGUGUGGACCUGAUUAAUGACUACGAAUGCCAAUGUCCCCCUGGGUUUACUGGCAGAAACUGUUCUAUUGAUAUCAAUGAGUGUGAGUCAGUCCCAUGCUUCAACAAUGCUACAUGUAUAGAUGGCAUUGACAUGUUCACCUGUGUUUGUAACCCUGGUUGGGAGGGUGUCCAGUGUGAAACAGAUAUAGACGAGUGUGCAUCCAACCCCUGCAUGAAUGGUGGAAACUGCACUGAUUUGAUUAAUGCAUACAUCUGCACAUGUCCUGCUGGAUGGAC